AUGGAGUCCUCGCCGGCGGCCGCGGGAGCAAUGCAGGUCGCGUCCCCGGCGCCGCCCUCGCGAUCGAGGGACUCCCGCCUCCUCGGCGUCUUCGACCUGCCCGCCAGCUGGGGCUACCGCAAGCCCAUGGCCUUCUGCAGGGACCACGACGCGCCUCCGCCGCCGCCGCCGCCGCCGGCCGACGCGCAGCAGCCCAACAACAGCUCCCGAUCCCCAGCGAAAGGCGCCGCGCCGGAGGAGUCUCCCCGGACGCAGUGCUACCAGCUGCGGGACCGGCGCGCCGGCCGGGACAGCGCGGAGGACGCGCGGGAGCACAAGAAGCUGUGGAACAUGGACGGCGGCGCCGGCCCCAGCAAGUGGAGCGGCGGCUUCUCGCUCCAGCUCUCCAAGGAGGAGAUCGACGACGACUUCCUCGCCAUGACCGGCCGGAAGCCGCCGCGCCGGCACAGGAGGCGGCCCAAGAGCGUCCAGCGCCAAAUCGACGCGCUCUGCCCCGGCAAGUCGCUUCCGGAGGUGAACCGCGAUCGCUACAAGGUGAACGAGAAAGGGGGGUUCUGA